AUGCUCUUGAGAUUACAAACUUGCUAUCGAAUAACAAACCGGUGUUUCAAUCAAGUCGCUUUUUUUUCUACAAAACAGUUUUUGGGGAGCAAAAGAUUAAUGAGCAUGGCUACCAAGACAAAUCCAAUAGCGCUAAACAAAAGUGAACAACAGCUCACAGACCUCUUCAUAGAAGUUUCAAAUACCAUAGGACAAGAAUCAGAACAGAAACCAGAACUUCGGUUUGCAGGAGGAUGGGUGCGUGAUAAACUUCUUGGAAUUGAAAGUCAUGACAUUGAUGUAGCAGUGGAUUGUAUGCCGGGAUAUGAUUUUGCUAAGCACCUGCAAAAAUACAUGCAGAGUAAGCAUCCAGAAUACAAAACUCGUAUUGUCAAAAUUGAUGCCAAUCCUGAAAAAUCCAAGCACCUAGAAACUGCAACAGCCAAAAUUUUCGGCAAGGACAUUGACUUUGUCAAUUUGCGACCUCAUACCUUUUCCAAUUCUCAUUUACACUUGGAUAGCUCAAUAUUCGGAACACCUUUAGAAGAUGCUUUACGACGUGACGCUACAAUAAAUGCAUUAUUUUAUAAUCUACGUACAAAACAAGUUGAAGAUUAUACAGAAAACGGUUUGUCAGAUUUGGAAAACAAAGUCAUACGUACACCGCUCCCAGCUGAUGAAACAUUUUCUGAUGAUCCUUUAAGAGCCGUUCGCUGUAUCCGAUUUGCCUCUAAGUUUGACUUUGAAAUCCAUCCAGACACGUUUCUCGCUUUAAAAAAUUUUACCUUACAUGAUCGGCUUCGCUCCAGUAUAAGUCGUGAACGUAUUGGUGUGGAAAUCGAUAAAAUUCUAUCCCAUUGUGACACAAGUCGUGCAUUCCGUAUCAUUCAUGAUUCUGGCUUGUUUGCUCCUAUAUUUGGUCCUCUUUUAGGACACUAUAAUAAUAUCGUUUCAAAAAAUUUGGACUCCCUUAGCCUUAUACCAAAAGCCAUCGACCUGUUUGACCUAUUGCGCAAUGAAGUACCUACCUUCAAAUAUAUUUCAAGAUCAGCAGAAUACAUUUUUUGGGUUGCUAUGGCCGUGCUUCCUUGGCAUAACUGGACAUAUGUUGAUAAAUCCAAGGAACGAUCACUGGCUCCUAUUCUCGUGAGAGACAGUCUCAAAUACAGCAAGCCCGUUAUAACACAAGUAGAGGGCUUAUAUACAUUUUACCCUGCUGUUAUGGAAAAAGUAAAUGUUUUGUCCUCGAAGGUCGCGCUACCUCGAUUGGAAUAUGGUAAACUUGUACGUGAAUUGGGACAAUACUGGAAAGAUAUUGUCAAUUGGGCCUUCUUUAUGAACUUGCUUAAGAAAGGAUCUUUUACUGAAGAAGUGGACCAAGAGGUCAACAAGGUUCUUCCUUACUUUGUUUCUCUCAUCAAGAAUAUAGAGGAUCAUGACUUGGUUGAAGCUUACAGCAUUCAACCUGCUUUAAAUGGAAAAGAAUUAAGUUCGCUUUUAAAUAUGAAGCCCGGUCCCCACUUAAAACAAAUGCUGGAAGAGUCUGUGGAAUGGAAGUUGGAAUUUCCUGACGGAAAAAAAGAAGAUUAUAUAAGUUUCGUAAAAGACAAGUAUAGAAAAGACACCUUCUGA